AUGAACUUAAAUACAUCACAUGCCAACCACCAUAGUUUCAUCCUCACAGGUAUUCCAGGGAUGCCAGACAAGAAUCCAUGGAUGGCCUUUCCCCUGGGACUUCUCUACACACUAACACUUGUGGGAAAUGGAACCAUCCUAGCUGUUGUCAAGGCUGAUCAGAGUCUCCAUGAACCUAUGUACUACUUCCUCUCUAUCUUGGCUCUGACUGACGUUAGCCUUUCCAUGUCCACCUUACCAACUAUGCUCAGCAUCUUCUGGUUCAAUAUUCCUGAAAUUGGCUUCAAUGCAUGCAUCACACAGAUGUUCUUCAUCCAUGGAUUUGGAGUGGUAGAAUCAGGAGUCCUAGUGUCCAUGGCCUUUGACCGAUUUGUGGCCAUUCGAGACCCACUACGCUAUGCUUCCACCCUCACUCAUGGCAUCAUUGGAAAGAUUGGGCUAGCUGUCCUCACAAGAGCAGUCUGUGUGGUCUUCCCUGUGCCUUUCCUGAUAAAGAGGCUACCCUUUUGCCAUUCCAAUGUCUUGUCUCAUUCAUAUUGUCUUCAUCAGGAUGCAAUGAGGCUAGCCUGUGCCAGCACACACAUUAACAGCCUCUAUGGCCUCAUCGCUGUCAUCUUGAUAUUAGGGCUUGAUGUCUUCAUCAUUCUCUUUUCUUACAUACUCAUCCUGAAGACUGUGCUGGGCAUUGCCUCCAGAGCUGAAAGGCUCAAAUCCCUCAACACCUGUCUCUCUCACAUCUGUGCUGUUCUCCUUUUCUAUGUUCCUCUCAUUGGGGUCACCAUGGUCCACAGAUUUGGGAAGCAUUUAUCACCAGUAGUGCACAUGCUGAUGGCCAAUAUCUAUCUACUACUACCCCCAGUGCUAAACCCUAUUGUCUACAGUGUGCAGACCAAGCAGAUACGAAGACGGAUCAUUCAAGUGUUCCAGAGAAGAAAGAACAGGGCCUAG